GGGAGUCCAUCCUGCAGCGCCUGGACCACCUGGAGGAAGUGGUCUACAACCAGCUAAAUGGCCUUGCAAAGCCUAUGGGAUUAGUUGAAGGUCCAGGAGGCUUGGGCCAGGGGGGAAUGGCUGCUACCCUAAGAGAUGAUAGCCAUGAAUCGGAGACUAAAUAUGAAGAAUAUGGUUACAAUGCCCAACUCAGUGACAGGAUAUCUCUCGACAGGUCCAUCCCUGACUACAGACCAAAAAAGUGCAAGCAGAUGACCUACACAGAUGACCUGCCUCAGAUCUCUGUGGUCUUUAUAUUUGUUAACGAGGCACUGUCUGUCAUCCUGCGCUCCGUGCACAGUGUUGUGAAUCACACCCCCUCACAUUUGCUCAAGGAGAUCAUUCUGGUGGAUGACAACAGUGACAAUGUUGAGCUCAAAUUUAACCUGGACCAGUAUGUCAAUAAAAGAUACCCAGGUCUGGUGAAAAUAGUGCGCAAUAACAAACGAGAGGGACUGAUUCGAGCCAGAAUCCAAGGCUGGAAAGCUGCAACCUCUCCUGUUGUUGGGUUCUUUGAUGCUCAUGUGGAAUUCAACAUUGGCUGGGUGGAACCUGCACUCACCCGGAUCAAAGAAGACAGAAAGCGGAUCAUCUUGCCAGCAAUUGACAACAUCAAGUACAACACUUUUGAAGUGCAGCAAUACGCCAAUGCGGCCCAUGGCUACAACUGGGGCCUCUGGUGCAUGUACAUCAUCCCACCACAGGACUGGCUCGACAAAGGGGACGAGUCAGCACCCAUCAGGACACCAGCCAUGAUUGGAUGCUCAUUUGUAGUAGACCGAGAAUAUUUUGGUGAGAUUGGCUUGCUUGACCCUGGCAUGGAGGUCUAUGGAGGAGAAAACAUUGAAUUAGGCAUGAGGGUCUGGCAGUGUGGAGGAAGUAUGGAGGUGCUGCCCUGCUCUCGUGUGGCUCACAUCGAACGCACAAAGAAGCCCUACAACAAUGACAUCGAUUACUAUGCAAAGCGCAACGCCCUACGGGCCGCAGAGGUCUGGAUGGAUGACUUCAAGUCCCAUGUUUAUAUGGCAUGGAACAUCCCCAUGGCAAACCCUGGAGUUGAUUUUGGAGAUGUUUCUGAAAGAAUAGCUCUACGACAGAGACUGCAGUGCCGGAGUUUUAAGUGGUACUUGGAGAAUGUCUAUCCUGAAAUGAGAGUCUAUAAUAACACAGUCACUUAUGGAGAGGUGCGUAACAGCAAAGCCAGUGGCUACUGCUUAGAUCAGGGAGCUGAAGAGGAUGACAAAGCAAUCCUUUAUCCAUGCCAUGGAAUGUCCUCUCAGCUCGUUCGCUACAGCUCUGAUGGUGUCCUGCAGCUGGGGCCGCUGGGCUCCACGGCCUUCCUGCCUGACUCCAAAUGCCUCGUUGAUGAUGGGAAGGGUAGGACACCAACUCUGAAGAAGUGUGAAGAUGUCCUGAGACCAGCACAGAGGUUCUGGGAUUUUACACAGAAUGGUCCAAUCAUCAGCAGAGACACUGGCCGUUGUCUAGAAGUGGAAAUGUCAAAAGAUGCAAAUUUUGGGCUCAGAUUAGUUGUACAAAGGUGCUCGGGGCAAAAAUGGAUGAUUAGAAACUGGAUAAAACACGGCCGACAUUGAUUUCUGGGGCUGAAAGGCUGCUUCUCCUGCCAUUGUCCAUUGCUCAGUGUGCCAUAUCUUGCAAGGCAUUUGUCCUAAAGCAAAAUAGUUUGAAUAGGACUUGGAUCUAAACUCCAUAGUUGAGCAAUCAAUGGAGGAAAAAAAAGAGGAAGAAAAAAAAGCAAAUACAUACAUGCUCUCUUUGACUAUUUCUUGCUACAGUAGACAACCUGGGAAGCUUAAGAAGAGUUUUCUGUUUAUUUGGAAGUCUUGGGAAGAUCAGAAGACACAGAAAAGUGUGUUCCUAAGCUCUCCUAGGAGAAUUAAUAGACAGAUGUUUCUAUGAGUUGAGAGAUCCCAGUACUGCCUCAUAAAGAGAGUUCUCCGAUGGGUAGCUUUUUAGCUUUAAGUUAUUGACUGGUGCACAAAUCCUAUGGUGAAUAAUCAUGUGCCUUUUUUAUUGUACUUCGUAUACAAGAGGACUGGAAAAAUCCUACCUUUUCAGCAUGUCUGGCUCAUUGUACUAAAACGAAGACCUGUAAAUAACACUGGAAAACCUAAUACAAUAUAUGAUAAAUUUCAAGGUUGAUUGUUUAGGAGUCUCUGUCCCUAGAAAGAGACUAUUCUGCAUAUGUUUACAGGUGGUUCUCAACCUUCAAGCUGCUAAAAGGCAGCUUGACAUAGACACAGAUAAACGUUGAAUAAGUAAAAUAACCACGUUCCAUUGUAUUGCCACAUUUUACAUUUCUUGACUGUAAAGGAGUCACAAUAUAGCACUUGCAUAUUUAACUCUUUAGAGGCAGUAAAUGUCCUAGUAGGUGAGUGAUAUGGAGAGGCCUCUGCUGGCCUUCAAGCCCCAAGUACAGGUUCAAGGCUCCCAUCCUGCAGGGCUAUGCCUGCAGGUGCACUUGGUGUUGUUCCAGCGACCGCCUGGAAGCCGGAGGCAGGGAACACUGGAUGCUCAUUACUUCUGCAAAUAAGGUGACUUAGUUGCCAACUGUGGAAUUCAGCAAUUUGAGGCUUCCAUUUUGUUGCCCAUCUUGUGAAAAUGUCAAAUGUGAGCAAACAUGCUUUGUGAGCACCGUCUAGACAAAUUUCCUGAACAAACCAACAAAGGCUUUUCAGUAUUUGAAAACAAACACAAACCUAGUGCUACGAGAAGAAGUUCAAGCAGGAGAGAACUAGGCAGCUUAUAUAAGAAAUGUUACUCUGAAAUAUAGAUAUUCUACUGUAGUUGACCUGGUGACAGCAUUAUCUGUGAACCUGCAUUUAGUAAUGUAUCCAAUGGCUCAUGCAGUGUCUGUGCACGGCAGCCAGAGCAAUGGCAGAGCCUUGCCCAAGAGGCGAUCAGAGCUGAUGACCACUGCCAGGUCAGCAGGCUUUGGGUGCGGGUCCACGGCAGAUGGCUUUUCACUGCAGUAAAUUCAGUCAUAUUGAAUGACAGAGACAGCAUCUUAACUUUGUUGUUUAAUAUUUUAUAGUACUUUUAAAAAAGGUUUUGUUUUGUUUUACUGAGCUAGGAAAAUAGGUAAUUGCAGACACUGCAGUACCAUAAAUCUUGGUGAUCUGUUUCUUGAAGAGCUGUUGCCGUUCCUAUUUCAAGGCAUGCUGAACAAAAUAAAUUGGAAACAAAGUUAAUUUUUCAAGGGCAUGGUAUGUAAUAAAAUAUUUACUUUUAACAUGCAAAUUCCAUCAGUUGUUGUCAACUCUUGGUUGGCAUCCAGAGAGCACAUCACCAUAUUUUGCCCCAUUUAAUUUUUGCAAUUGUGUGUACAAUAUGUAAUACAAAGCCUGGAUUUCUUUUUUUAAUUUUUUUUGGUGGCUAAUAAUUAAUCUUUAUUUAUGUCACAUGCACCAGGUUAUGCAUGAAUAUAUACAAAAGAAUAAUUAUGGCUGAGAUUCUAAUAUAAAGAUGGUUAAAAUUCUGUGCUUAUGGUUACUUAACCUCUAGAACAGCGUGCAGGGAGAGGUAACAUCUUUAAUUAAUCAAGCAUUACGUUAGAAUCAUGGAUGGGUUCAGCACUCAGUCCUUCUUGCAGGUCUGAAACAGAGGUAGGAAGAUUCAGGCUAAAUAUAGAUUGGGAGCAGUUGCCCUGCAUUUAACCUCAUUAUCUUAAUCUACCAGACAAUUUAAAAAAUCAGUUACCAUCUACAAGGCAGGUGUUGAAUUCUUUGUAUAGAACUUCUAUUUGUAAGUGACUUUUGAUCUUCUCUCAGAUACGAUUUAAAAGGGGGAAACUGUAUGGAAGUUUUAUUCCUUCUUUUGUUUAUUCUAACAGAGUCUUAUGGCAUGGCUGAGGGAGGCAGGAAGACAGAAGGGAAAGUUACUUUUACCUGGUGAGUUCUGGGGGGAGCAAAGUGGCAAGUCGUUCACACCUUGUGUAGUCUUUUCCGUUAAAUACAGCUAACUGUGAAGGUGGCACAAAGGUGAAAAUAGUUAUAUGUGUACAUACAGUGUGACAUCUCAAUGCCUCACUCCUAGGAAUAUAAACUUACUGCACCCAACAGAAGCUAAUAUGCCACUUGUUUGUUGGUUUUUGGUUUUUUUUUUCUUGACAAACGGUCAAUCUAAACUUGCUCCUUGGUUAGCAAUAGGGCAGCAAGCUUUGCAACCCUUUGCACAGGAGAAAGGAGAAAUACCAAACCUACUAUCCUGAAAAAUAAUGCUGCAUUUGCUGUUUAGAAGCUUUGAAGCUGAGAAGACCAGAUAGAUGUGCUUUUAUUGUCAAAGAUUUUAAGCAAAAAUUAUUACCUUUCAUUAUCACACCACCAUAAUGAACAUGAAUUGGCUGUCCUGGGAAUUACAUGGCUGCACUUUUUCGGUGCUCAGUGCAAAGCAUUAUGAUGUGGCCACGUGGCCUAACCAAGGGUCAGCCCUGGCAAGCUUUGAGUGCAGAGGUCACACAUUGCUGGAAGCCUGCAAGAACCAGACUUUCGGUAUGAGAAAGAAUGCAGAUUUCUGUGAUAGUUAAAUGGCUCUGAGAUUUAUGGAAUAAUAUAAAAGAAUUCAAAUAACUUAAAGGUAAGGUUGGUUUUCUCUGUGAUUGUCAGGGUGUUUUUUUUAAGACUUAAUGAAACAAUUUCUUAUAUUUAAGAAAUACGUCUGUUGUGUUCUUUUUACUUUGUCUUUUAUCUGUCUGAACCACUGCUUUGACUGUGGUAUUAACAUGGUAAAUCUGCAUGUGAGAGAGUCUUAAAUAUUCUCUCAUAAAAGGAAUAACAAUAAUAAAAAAGGCUUGAGUAUUAUCUGUUUUAACCAAAGUCUAUGGGUCUCUUGUCAGUAUUUCACCCGUAGUAUAAUCCAAAGUCCUGCUUCAUGUUGUUUCAAAUGUUCAGUCACGUUUCCUCAGUGCAGAUAAUCUCAAAAGUAUUUAAUGCCUUGUAGAGGAAAUUCAGAUAAGAACAGAGUCUUUUUUGUUUAAGAGAUAUUGGAGUUAAACACUAUCUCCUGGGACAGAGGAAUGGAAGGCAAGGAGCACCAGAUUGAGUAUGCUCCUAUCCUAGGCAAGCAUGACAAAUAAUACUUCUGUAAGCAUGUCAAGAUCCUUUUAAAACGAGUUUGAGUCCUGUAUGGAAAAAAAACCUUACAGAACUCUCUUCUUUGAGAGCUAUAAACUGUCUUUCAAGCUGAAUUUGUUCUUGGCUGGAGUGAAGCCAUUUGUUCUCAGCCAGACUUGUUCACUAGCUUUAUCGGCUUAGUGGUUCCUGAGGCCUGGUCACCUCCAGUGGAAAGGAGCUGAGAGAAGGAAGAAAGUUUUUUAAAGGUGUUAUUGAAGGAUUUGAUUGAUUACACUGGAAUUACAUAAAUGUUGUACACCUCCAUGAGGCAUGAGAACUCUUCAGGAGUGUCCUGCAUCCCAAAAUCUAAAAGCUGGUUCCACAGCCAGAAUACAAAAACUAAGGCAGUUCUUCAUGGAUACUCUGAAAGCGUUGAACCAUCUAUCUCAGUUUAAUGAUUUGGAGCUUGACAUGUCUGAACAUCAAGCCCUCCUUGUCCUUUGGAAACUGUUCAGAUUUCUUUUCAUCAGCCUGCUCCUUUAUAAAAACAGUUCCAGUAGAUGAAAACCUCAAGUGCUGUGUGACAAGGGGUGUAAUCUAUCUGACAUAGGACAGCUGAAAUUUUAAAUGCUUAGGCUACAUCUAAUAACCAUUAAUGGAAGUCCUAAUCUGUUCUUCAGAUCAAUUACACGUUCCUUCAAUAUCCAUCACUGAGUUGAAUCCAUUCAUUACACCCAUACCAAAGCACAAUAUAACCUGUUUGGGGACAAAAUGAGUUCCACUGUAAGAACUUCAACAAAAAUUGUGGUGCAGGGAGAGGCUGGUAAAUUGUUAUUCAGGUAGGACACAAAUACCUCUGGGUUGUUUUGUGGUUUUGUUUGCUUCUUGUUUUUUGUUGUUUUUGUUGUUGAUGUUUUUCCUGUGUUAGAUGAAAGCCUUUGUGAAGAAGAACAACUGUCAGAAUUCCCUCAGUUGAAAAUGGUUCCAUUUUUUACUGAAGUUCCAUUUUUGACUGCUGCAAUUUUGACUAACUGCUACUUAGCACUGACACAGUCAGUCCUUAGGCCAUCCUACAAAUAAAAGAUGGUAUUGCAAAUUGGAGGAACUAGCUAACAAGAUGGAUAGAAACCAUGGGAGGAUCAUGUCUUCACACAUCUCUAAAUAUGAAUGUCACAAAAAUAAACCUAAUGCUAUGUUCUCUCAGAAUUGCACCACAAACUUUAUACAGUUUUGAAUUCCUUCAUUAAGAAUACCUAUUCAAGAGCCCAGAUCUCACUUUGGAGACUUUUUUUUUUUUUCCCUAAUGGUAUUAGUGGACUUAGUGUGACAGCUGUAAUCACUGGGUACAUGGAAAAAUCAAUUAAUUGGCGAUAAUCUACUGAAGCAUUCUUAGCAUGCAUUACCAAUGCGGUAACACAGAUAUUCAUCAACCCCCAGUGCACUGACUGUUUUCUCCUAGAGAUGGAGUCUGCUUACUUAGUGAAAUAAGGGAACUCAAGGAGUCAAUACUGCGACGAUGCAGCUAAGAAUUCUCAGUGAAUUUGGCACAAAGCACACCAAUAUUUACAUCUCUAGACUCAUGUAAUUAAUUAGCUUCAGGUUCUCUCUUAACAACCUCCCAUCUCUGGCAACCAUUGAAAAUACCUUCUGAAUACCUGGAAUACUUAUACCAUGUGAAGAUUUUAGCUGUCUCUGCAGUGCACCAGCCUUAGAUAAAAGAUUUACGAUGACCUCUCCAUACAUUGUAACUGAUGUUAGAAUGGUUUCACAAAAUACAUUGAUUUAUUUAAAAAUAUUACUAAUAUGUAACUAAAGAUAUUGUCCUCAUGGAUUACCCUAAGCAAAAACAGUGCUUUUUCUUCACCCCAAAAUUUAUUUAUUUACUCAUAAAUAUCCCAGUGAAGCAAUACAUGCCAACUUGAUUUCAAAGAACAGAAUUUCUGAAUCACAAUUGUGCUUCAGAGACGUGACGAAGCACUUCCUACAUUUCAUAGAGCUGCAGUUUUCUCUUGGCCAUCAAAAAGUAUUGCCCAGUUUUAAACUCAUUUUAAUAAGUUUAAUUAAAAAAAAAAUGCACCAACCAGAAGGCAAGUUGUGACUGCAAGUAAUUUUUCAUUACGUGGCACAUCAUCAAAUCAAUUUGUAUUUACACUUGAAAAGUUAAUAAAUUACUAUGCAUUUUGCUGCUGACAGGAGCAUUUUUUAUCAGUGUACAUCUGGACACCUCAUUCUAAAAUUCAAAGCUGUCACAUCAAAAAAAAACUAGGAAAGCAAAUACUCUGUACAUUUUAUAGUGUAAAUUGUAUGUAAUGUGUUCUGAAAGGCAGUCAGGCUGUGUUUGAGAUGAGCACAGCACACUGUGCAGCAGAUUGCAGACUUUGAAAGGAGAUGAGCUCUGUGCAUGUCAGAGAACAAGCAUCUCCACGCCCUCAUCAGAGACUUGGCUCCUGAAAGUGCACAUCCAGAAGUAGACUGAUAACAUUAUAGACUGAGCAGCUGCUAGACCUCAGAGGUGGUUUGUCAUGCAGUCGUGGUACAAAGACAUACGUGUGCACAUUAUACUUGCAGGUACUGAUCCACACAAUAUUACAAGCUGUGUUCACAUACAGUCCCUUGCGACCAGUAAGUGCUCCACAAGAAACAUUCAAACACAAAAGAAAAGUAUCUCCAUUAAAAAAUUCUGAUCUCCCAACCAAUGUUCCUGAAAUCAUUGAACCAUGGGGAAAAAUAAGCUAUAGAAUCACGGAGAGGAAGCUUGUAAUGGAAGUGUUCUCUUGCAAUGAAUUCUGUAUUGGAGUUAUGUUUUGAAUACUCAAAUCUGUACAAGUACCUCAGUCUGUCAUUGAUGUAUUACAUUCUAAAGAACACUCCUGUAAUCAAAGAAAUGGAAGGAUUAACAGUUCCCAAAUUGCCUAUGUUGGUACAGGACAAAAGGGCAGAUCCCACACCCUGUGGUUUGACCCGUAUCAAUCCAGAGGCUAAACUUGCAGAUGAUGUAAAAUGUCAUUGCUCUACUGCAGUAAAUGGAAGUUCUGGAAACUACAAUAAUUUACAGGUCUGGUCAGUUUGUGAUUGGUAAUAUUGUUACUGACUUGAUUCUUUUCUUCUUCCCAAGUCACUUUCAUCUUCCCAAAAGCAGUAGAAAGGGAAUAUGAAUUGCUAGUGCAUGCCAUCAUGCUUCUACCAGCAGCCUGUGCAGUCCAGUACAUCAUCUCUGAAAACUGUCAAUAACUGAUGUUUAGAAGAAUGAAAAUGCAGAACAAUGAUCAUGUAUAUCCCCUCAUUUCAGAAGGCAGAGAAUUCCCAAGCUAGAGUCUAUACACACCAACACUGCCUUUACAUAACUAAUCCACUUAUAUCUCAAGAUAUCAAAACAUCCUGUUGUAAAAAAUAGCACAAUUGCUGCGUGAGUCACUAUCUCUACUUUUAAAUCUACUUGUCAGUUCAUUCCAGAGGAUGCCCUGUGGUUCUCUUGCAGUUAAAAACUGUGAAUAAUUGCUGCCAACUCUUCUUCUCACCUCUUCUUAGUUUGACCCCUGUCAUCCCUUCACAAACAUAUUUUAGAACUGAUCAAGUGUCACACUUAUUUUGUACUACUGGCAAACAACUCAUAAAAGUGUAAGCACAUGCUCUGUGUCAUGUAUUGGACUGGGUGAUAGCACAGUGAGAACAGAUUGGGUUCCUGAGCUGUUCAGCUGUAUAAAACAUACAUUACUGUUUUUAACAUUGAUUUUGGAGCUCAGCCAGGCUGCUUCUGCCCUGCUAGCAUGUAUGCACAAAGUUUGCUAUUUGUGAUCAAGGAGCACAGAGCAUCUGUGAAAGCAUCUAACACCUUUCAUUCUGCUAGAGACAGGAGGAAGACUUCCAACCUGGUCCCAAGGUUCACCCAUGGGCUAUGACUGAUUCACCAAGCUGGGAACUGACUUCAGUGUCCCCCACUGUCAUGUAUGUCUCCUUUCAAUUGAACUAACUUGGUGAGAUCUGAGUGCAACAGGCUUUCUCCUUCCUGGUUUCUAAGAGGAUGGUGACUUCACAAGUCAAAGAGCAGCUGCUAAGUGCUUCUCUGCUUUAUCCAUAGGAAAUGAGGUUGGUUGUAAUCUUCAGGUGGGCAACAACAAAAUCAGCCUCUGAUGAAUGCAGUGACGGGCUUAGCCUUGGCAAACCUACCUCCAGUGUUGGUCUUUUCUGUGCUGGGGCGCUUCGUCAUAAAUCCACACUGAGGACUGUGUAUAGAAAUGCUGCUCUGUUGCUAGCUAAGGUAUUCUGUGGACUUAAUUUAUUAUUAAAAUCUAAUCCAGCAUUUCUUGGAAGGAAAAAUGUUGUCUUUA